AAGGGCGCUGGAGGCCAGGAUAGACGAGGUUUUGCGUUGCCUACAGGCGGACGCGGUGGUGGACAAAGAUUUGGCGGUGGAAACCCUGGAGGCGCCUUUGGCGGAGGGGGAAUGCAAAACAAUGGCGUUCCACAAAACAACAUUGAAAGCCUCUUCAGUAGGAGGAACAACAACGGCCCAAAUAUACCUGGAAAUAAUAUGCCGGCGCAGGGCGGAUUUCAAGGCGGCUUUGGCAACAAUCGCCCUGGUGGACCACCAAAUGCAGGUGGACGCGGCGGAUUUAGACGUGGUGGUGGUGGUGGUGGGGGCAUGGGUGGAAGCGGUAAUGAAGGUUUUUCUGCGCCAACCAAUUACAACAGUAAUUUCCCACCUCUUGGCACACAAGGUGGUGGUGGCCGUGGCGGAGGUCGCGGAGGUGGGGCCGGUGGACGUGGUGGCCGAGGUGGCGGAAUGCAGCGCAAUGGCCCUCGUCAAAAUAUGAUGCCCAAUCAACAACGCUUUUGAAAAACUUGUAACAACUUAAAUUAAUGCGAGUACACCAAUGCGUUAAUCUUGAGUAGACAGUGUGGAAUGUGUGUGUGUGUUUCUGUUAUGAUAACGAAAUUAUAACGAAGCAUAACGAAACGUCCGAAUGCGAAAACUUUGAUGCGCAAAGUUCAAAAGCAAACCACACAUAAUUUAGUUAUUAAUGCGAAAUCAAACAAACUAUUGCAAUUUUAUAAUAACUUAAAACAAAAAGCUAGUUUAUAAGCAGCACCAUAGUAUGCCGACAUUACGUCGCAAAUAUUACCAAUCAAGUGUAAAAUAAAAAUUCUAAAUAUUACAAAAAAAAAAAAAAAAAUAACAAAGUGAAUUAGGAAAAUGACAAGUUUA